CGGCGUGGGCCCCGCGCCAUGGGGAGCAGCCGCGGCGGGCGGCUCGCCUGAGGCGGCGACAGCGGAGGGAGGGCGCGGCACUGCCGAGGGAGCCCCGCUGCGGGGGCCGCGACCCGCGCCGCCGGGGAUGCUGCGCUGGGUCCGGCAGCAGCUGGGUUUUGACCCACCGCAUCAAAGCGACACAAGAACUAUUUAUAUAGCAAAUCGUUUUCCCCAGCAUGGCCAUUACGUUCCUCAGAAGUUUGCAGACAACAGAAUCAUAUCAUCCAAGUAUACAGUGUGGAAUUUUGUUCCAAAAAACUUAUUUGAGCAGUUCAGAAGAGUAGCCAAUUUUUAUUUUCUCAUUAUAUUUUUGGUUCAGCUCAUGAUAGAUACCCCUACCAGUCCUAUUACCAGUGGAUUGCCAUUAUUCUUUGUCAUAACUGUGACAGCCAUAAAACAGGGCUAUGAGGACUGGCUACGACAUAAAGCAGACAAUGAAGUCAACGGUGCUCCAGUUUAUGUUGUUCGAAGUGGUGGCCUUGUGAAAACCAGAUCUAAAAACAUUUGGGUGGGGGACAUUGUCAGAGUAGCCAAAGAUGAGACUUUCCCUGUUGAUCUGGUGCUCCUGUCGUCUGACCGAGUGGACGGUUCAUGCCACGUUACCACUGCGAGUUUGGAUGGAGAGACCAAUCUUAAGACACACGUUGCAGUCCCAGAAACAGCAGUGCUGCAGUCUGUUGCCAACCUGGACAAACUGGUAGCUGUUAUAGAAUGUCAGCAGCCAGAAGCAGAUCUAUACAGAUUUGUUGGAAGAAUAACUGUAAGUCAACAAGCUGAAGAAAUAGUACGACCUCUUGGGCCUGAAAGUCUCUUACUUCGUGGAGCAAGAUUAAAAAACACUAAAGAAAUAUUUGGUGUUGCUGUGUAUACAGGUAUGGAGACAAAGAUGGCAUUAAAUUACAAGAGUAAAUCUCAGAAACGGUCAGCAGUAGAAAAGUCCAUGAAUUCCUUUUUGAUUAUUUAUCUAAUAAUCCUCCUUUUUGAAGCCAUUCUGAGCACUAUUUUAAAGUAUGCCUGGCAAGCUGAAGAGAAAUGGGAUGAGCCUUGGUAUAAUGAGAAAACAGAGCAUGAAAGAAACAGCAGUAAGAUCCUGAGAUUUAUUUCAGAUUUUCUUGCUUUUCUGGUACUUUACAAUUUUAUCAUACCCAUUUCACUCUAUGUGACUGUUGAGAUGCAGAAAUUUCUUGGAUCUUUUUUUAUUGGCUGGGAUCUUGACCUCUAUCAUGAAGAAACAAACCAGAGAGCACAAGUAAAUACUUCAGACCUCAAUGAGGAACUGGGACAGGUAGAGUAUGUUUUUACAGACAAAACUGGUACAUUAACUGAAAAUGAGAUGCAGUUUCGGGAGUGCUCCAUUAAUGGCAUAAAGUACCAAGAGGUCAAUGGUAAACUAACUCCAGAGGGAUUUUCUGAAGAUUCUCCAGAUGGAAAUAGGCAUGGUUUGGUGAAAGAGGAAGAGCUCUUCUUGAAAGCAGUUUGUCUGUGUCAUACAGUGCAGAUCAAUGCAGAUCAGACAGAUGGUGCUGAUGGUCCCUGGCAUGCCAAUGGAAUAACAUCCCCACUGGAAUAUUAUGCUUCUUCUCCAGAUGAGAAGGCUUUAGUGGAAGCUGCGAGCCGGGUUGGAGUAGUAUUUACUGGAAUUAGUGGAGACAGUAUGGAAGUAAAAAGUCUUGGAAAACCAGAGAGGUAUAAAUUGCUUCAUGUUUUGGAGUUUGAUCCAAAUCGCAGACGAAUGAGUGUCAUUGUAGAGAGUCCCUCAGGGGAGAAGCUUUUAUUCACAAAGGGAGCAGAAUCUUCCAUUCUUCCUCGUAGUAAGAGUGGAGAAAUAGAUAAAACAAGGAUACAUGUGGAUGAAUUUGCUUUGAAAGGCCUAAGAACUUUGUGUGUGGCCUACAGAAGAUUCACACCUGAGGAGUACCAAGAAAUUGGCAAACGCCUUCAUGAGGCCAGGACUGCCUUACAGCAGCGGGAAGAGAGAUUAGCAGAUGUGUUCAACUUCAUAGAAAGGGAUCUGGAAUUACUUGGGGCUACAGGAGUAGAAGACAAACUGCAGGAGAAAGUCCAAGAAACUAUAGAAGCCCUCAGGCUGGCUGGUAUCAAAGUGUGGGUGCUCACUGGAGACAAGCACGAAACAGCUGUUAGUGUCAGUUUAUCUUGUGGACACUUUCACAGAACCAUGAACAUCCUUGAGCUUGUGCAGCACAAGUCAGACAGUACCUGUGCAGAACAGCUGAGGCAGCUAGCCAAGAGAAUAAAGGAAGACCAUGUUAUCCAGCAUGGACUGGUUGUGGAUGGGACCAGCCUCUCUCUUGCACUCAGGGAACAUGAAAAACUGUUCAUGGAAGUUUGCAAAAACUGUUCUGCAGUGUUGUGCUGUCGCAUGGCACCCCUUCAGAAAGCAAAGGUGGUUCGACUGUUAAAAACCUCUCCAGAGAAGCCCAUAACGCUGGCAAUCGGAGAUGGUGCUAAUGAUGUGAGCAUGAUCCAGGAGGCACAUGUUGGCAUAGGAAUCAUGGGCAAGGAAGGAAGGCAAGCUGUAAGAAACAGUGACUAUGCAAUAGCACGGUUUAAAUUCCUCUCCAAGUUGCUUUUUGUUCAUGGGCACUUUUACUAUAUUAGAAUAGCAACCCUUGUACAGUACUUUUUUUAUAAGAAUGUGUGCUUUAUUACACCACAAUUUUUAUAUCAGUUCUUCUGUUUGUUUUCACAACAAACGCUCUAUGACAGUGUAUACCUGACUUUGUACAAUAUUUGUUUCACUUCCCUGCCUGUCCUCAUCUACAGUCUUUUUGAGCAGCAUGUGCACCCGCAUGUAUUGCAGAGUAAACCUGUGCUCUACAGAGACAUCAGCAAAAAUGCCCAUCUGGGGUUUAAACCAUUUCUUUACUGGACCAUCUUGGGCUUCUUUCAUGCAUUUGUUUUCUUUUAUGGCUCGUAUCUUCUAAUGGGAGAAGACACUUCUCUGCUGGGAAAUGGCCAGAUAUUGAAACCUAACAGGCAAAUGAUGUUUGGGAACUGGACAUUUGGUACUUUGGUCUUCACCGUUAUGGUUAUAACUGUUACGAUGAAGAUGGCACUAGAAACUCACUUCUGGACAUGGAUAAACCAUUUUGUUACUUGGGGAUCCAUUGUCUUUUAUUUCAUAUUCUCCUUGUUUUAUGGGGGAAUUAUCUGGCCAUUUUUACAUACCCAGGACAUGUACUUUGUAUUUGUUCAACUGUUGUCAAGUGGUUCUGCUUGGUUUGCCAUAAUCCUCAUAGUAGUUGCUUGUUUGUUUAUUGAUGUUGUGAAGAAAGUGCUGUACAGACAUCUGCAACCAACAAGUACUGAAAAAGCUCAGCUUACUGAGGCAGGUUCAGGUAUCAACUGCUUGGACUCCAUGUGCUGCUUCUCAGAUGGGGAAACAGCAUGCACAUCUGUUAGAAGAAUGCUGGAACGACUAAUGGGAAGGUGUAGCCCAAGCCGGGUCAACAGAUCAUGGAGUUCAUCGGAUCCCUUCUAUGCCAACGACAGGAGCAUCUUGACUCUCUCCACAAUGGACUCAGCCUCUUGCUGACAGGGACAUUUUUGAAUGCCUUGUGGAAGCCUUGUGGUGCUCACACAGCUGUAGCAGGUGCUGAGGCGAGCUCAGUGUCCAGCGCUGCCCUAGGAAAGCCCAGAGGACUCCUGAGUCCAGGCAGGGCUUGUCUGGCCUGCCAUAAUCUGCACAGCAGUCACUUCCAGGAUUUUUUUAAUUAUAUCUACAAAUUGCUAAAUAAGUUGGUUUUUUGGGUUUUUUUUAAGGAAUGCUUUUACCUCUGUCCAUUUUAUCCUUUUUCUUGCUGUAUGAGCAGAUUGGAAUCCUACAUUUAAUACUUGAGAUGUCCCUCUAGGGCAAUGACAGAAAUCUUUCUCCUCCCAAAUUUGAGUGAUCCAAUUUGAAUCUCCACAGUGAAACUUUUAAAAUUUGUGUUUUUCAUGAUGACACUUCCCUUUAAACACACAUUCAUUUUGAGCUGUUUUGCAGAUGCUGUCUUUGCAGUUUGCAAAUCAAUUUUGUUACUUCUGUGGACAGUUACUGUAUUCUAUGAGCAAUCAGUUUAGUAAUUUUUGAGAGUUAAAUGCAAUUCAAAUAUUUAUGCUGGUGUAUGAGUGGCAACAUAUUAGCCAUUGCUUUGAAAAACACUUAAAUGUGACAAAUCAGUAAUUUGGAAUAAGGGAUAUAACAGUUCACUGUUCUCCUAAGGUACAAUUCAGAAACUAGUCAUCUUUUAUUAUAUCCUGUGUGUUUUGUUAACAGUUCUGGAUCCUGACAUGGAAAAAUUUGUUAAGAAUUUGUGGAUUGAGGAGAAGUCUCACUAGCAUAAAUUUUUUGAAUUAUUAAUCCUUUUAAAGUUGGGGAAUUUUUGCAUGUUUUGUUCUUUUUCAUGUAUUUAUAUUCGGUCAUGUUGUACUUUGAAGAUAUAAUUAAUGCUUAAUUAUCUUCGUCUAUCAGAAGGAUCUGAGACCUUGAUGGCAAUGUUUUGAUACCUAAGAAUGCCAAUAAAAACAAAUUGCACAGUUGGAGCUCUGGGUGGUGCAUCCUGCAGGUGCCUCUCCUGUCCCAGACGUGUCUGCACGGUGGGGGCUGAGGAGCAGCAACAUUUCACUGUUCCCUCAGCCAGGGUGGCUGAACCCCCUGCUUGUCCUGGGAUGUGGGCAAGGGUGCCUUAGGAUGGUGCUGUUCAUUGCUGGGGACUGGAAAAGUGCUGCUGCUCCCAAACAUCCCCUUUUGUCAUCUCUAACAGUGACAUCCCAUCAAUAACUGGAAUAUUCGCCCUGUCGGACAGUUAAAAGUGUAAAGAUCCAUCUUAAAAUUAGCUCUGGGUAAAAACUGUAAAUCUGGGCUGCUGCAAACCUGGCUGAGUGUAACUGGGCUGCUGCCAGGGGAGUGUUAUCUCUCUUGUCAUCCCAAAUUCUCCCAAGUUCAGUGAGCAAAGGAACAUGUCCUGCUUUCCUGGGAUCAGAUCCUUCACAUGUUCCUUACUGUAUAACAGCUCUGCUGUUCAUUUUCGUGCCCAUGACUUUAACUGGGAUUACUUCAGCUCUCCUCUUGGAGCUUUCUUUUUGCAUUAGUGCCUGGCAGCAUCACUCAGACCUGAAGGUUGCAGGUAUGUGGAGUUUACAGGAUCUCGGUGCUCAAGGCAACAUCCCUUUAGGAAAGAAAUUGUCAUUGCAACUUCGUUGUUAAAUUCGUAAGGUUUUUCAUACUGUUAUAGGUGAAGAUCAGUUUGGGCAUUAAGAAGCUUUAAAAAUAAAUUGCAAGACAAGAAGAAACAAAAUACAACAAACUUUCCUUUUAAAUAAGUAUUUCAUUCAGCAUUCCUAGCACAUUUCUCUAUCAGGAUGUCAGAGUGCACUCCCCCAGCAAGUGCCCAGGGGAUGAAGAAACACUAAAAUUGAGCCUUUGUCUUCUCAUGCAGCAGGUAUGAACAUGUAACUAAUCCCACUGCAUAGAGCUAAAAACCUAGAUCCAGCUGGAGAGGCAAUAACCUGAUUGUCAUCCAUCCAGUUCCCUCCAGAUCUGCACUAGUAGCAAAAUACACUUAGAUUUCACUGACUCCUCUAACUUCCUUUAUAUUUCAUAUCUAUAUUAAACCUGGGUUUAAAAUAGUAAUUUUCUUCCUAGUAGUUUCUCCUCCUAGGAGUUUUCAUGCUGCCAUGGAUACCUAGGAAAUACAGAAUUAUUUUACUACUCUAAUCAGAUAUCUGCUGUUUAGCUGUAUUUUAUACCUCAACCAGUGUUUCACUUUUCAGCAGUGCUUGUUUGUCCGUGUCAGGCUCAGCAUUGUCCUGUCAGUGUGUGUGACCGUGUGCCCUCAUCCAUCCACGUGCUUCGUGUGUCCUGCCCUGAGACCCAGUUCAUUGUGUGAGGGGAAGCAGAGCCUUUGCCAUAAACCCUGCUCCAAGCAUUUCCACUGGCCCAGCUCUGUAGGUGAUGUAUUUUGGCUUUUACCACACCAGUGCGUUGAGUAGAUUUGCACAAAAGCAGCACAGUCGUGUAUUUGAAGAAUAAUUUGCACUCAUUAUGUGUUUCUUUAAAACCUUCCAUCUCCUCUCCUCCCUUUCCCCCUACUUUCCCUUUUCCCAGUGUUUGUAAGGUUACCGAAGAAACUUGCAUUUAAACAAUUCAGGAAGGACUUAAGAAUCCAUCCCUCGGCCAAGGUAUAUUUUUCUAUUUGCAGUAAAUCUAAGUCAGUAAUGUCUCAUUGAGUAAGAGCAUAGAUGUGGUGUGCUUAAGGGCAGGUUUUUUGGUGUGACCAAUACUUUGUGUGGAAGUCAUUGAGGUUAUGUGUUGAUGUCACAAAUCUUUAAAUGCUCCUGUUCAAGGAAGAAAGACUUUGUGUAUUUCUUUGAUAGCUGAAGUGUAGGAGCCAGUUUACUGUGCCCUGAGCACAAUGCAGAGUCCUUCAUUAGGGAAACUGAGAAAUACAGCUAAUUGAGUGUAAUGCAGGCAUUCACCUCCCAGUGUAAGUGGGAACGGGUGGGGGAGGCUUUGCCAUGGGGAGGAAAUGUUCUAUUAUUUACCUUUUAGCUUUGAAAUCCAUGAAAGCCUGCAGUAGAUGUUUGUAGUUCAAAGCAAGAGUGGUGUACACUCACUUUACUGUGCAGUGUCCCUGAGGAAGCACCUUCUCCACAGCCACUCUCGAAUGGGAUCGUGUUCUCUGCAGGUCAGUUCUGCCUCUGGGAAAAACAGGGUUUGGUUUUCUUACUUAGGAAAAUAAUUGUAGUUGCCAAACUCAUGCUUUUAAGAGGAUGCAGUGGAAAAAAAACUUGGGAUGUUCUGAAUUGUUUCAAAAACUAAAAUGUAAAUAUUCUGCUUAAAAAUACUCUGUAUUUUUUAAGAUUACUGCAGGUAAGGGGAAACAGAAGCUUCAAAGGAAGGAAUGCCAAAAACUUUUUUUGUUUUCAAAAUGAUUUGAGAAAAGCAUAUGCAAUUUAGAAUGCAUAUUAAGCACCUAUAAUUUCUUACUGAAAAUAUUUGGUAAUACUUUCAAACAUUUUUUUUUUUAUUAUUAUUAUAGUGUAACUCCUAUAUUGGAAUAAAAUACCAUUUUCUAGUGCUAGAAGUGUCUCAAAGCUGCAGCCUAAAUAAUUUUGCAUAGUUCUAUCUGGUAUUGCUAUACUUCUAAAUAUUUGUGAUUUUGGUGAAAGUGUCCAAAAGUGCUCAAGCAAAAGGUGCUUUUGAACCCCUUAUUUCAAGGUUCUCAUUUUUUGGGGUUUUUGUGUGUGUGUGUGUAGAAUCUCUAAUAACUCACCCUUGUCACUGCCACUGCUUUUUUACACAGAUUGUUACACAGAUGUCACUGCUUAAAGGAGCCGUUCCUAGAGCUGGGCAAACCUUUCACCAGGGACUUUACUUCAGCCUUUAUCCUGUUCCUAAAUUAUUUCCCAGCCAGACUCUCUCCUUUGCAGCUCUGGGCUGGGAUUUUUUUCCUGCAGAUAUUUUUAUUGUUGAUUGUUUUGCACGUCCCUUGCUGCUGUAGUUUGUUUCCAGUGGCACGGUUCGGUUUCUGCUCUGGGAACGCCUCUGUUUGGAGCAGGAGCAGGGCCGGGGAUGCUCGCGGCUCUGUCCGCUCCUGUGGCGCCUUUGCAGCGGGACGUGCCAGGCUCCUGCUCCCCAUGGAUUUCUCUCUCCCCUCAGCUCAGUGCUGCUCCAGGCCCGUCAGGACUCGCUCGGAGCCGUGUGUGCUGCCCCGGCCGCCUGCUGCUCCUUAGGGGACGUUGUUGUUGUCACCGCCCGGCUCCGGCUGAGCCCCUCCGGGGCCCGAGGGGUGAAGAGCGCUCGGCACAGCGGGGACAGGAACGCGCUGCUCCGGGAGGCACCGAGCGAGGCUUGCCUGAAAGAGACCCCGGCAGGCACCGCCAUGGCCUGGGGCUUUAUCUGUCUCUCCUCAGCAGUUUUCACGGAAAUCAAACAGCAGCAGGUUCUGACCCUUUUUACAUUUUGACAACAGGACAAAAGAUGAGCUGUGGAGCACGAAGUUGAAAAUGGUUAUAAAUGAGGCACACCUUGCUGCAGGAGGAUCUUACUUGUAUCUCAAAGAAUAUAUUUUUACAAUUCCUAUUUGCAGUCCCUGUGACAGAUUUCGGGUUUUAUGCAUACAAAAAUAACAAAUCAUAAUCUAGACUCCUGUUUUUUCACUGAAAUGGGAUUGAGCUUGUUUCUUUGAAGAAAAAAACUGUAACGGUCUCAUCUCUGCAAGAAGUACCUUUUAAAAGAUGUUGAUCCUUAAUUUUAGGGAGCUUAGGGGCAUUGCCCACUGGAAAUGAGCAAUAAGUAAUACAAAGAAUUUUGGACCUCUGACACUGUGGCUGCCUGAUGUUAUUUUUGCUCCUCUGACAGCGAGGCCAUGUGCUUGUUCCCUGUACAGCUUGGUCAGUAGUUGUUUUGAAAAUGGUUUAUGAAAAUUAUAUUUAUUAAAUAAAACUUUCACUUCUA